AUGCCCGGCUCAUCUUUUCUGCUCCCCUUUAACCCCACUCUGUUUGAAGAAGAAGAAAGGGUUUCCAUCUCUACCCUCGAAGAAAAGAAAGCCAGCACUUUAAUGCCAAUAGUUGAAGCUUUGAAGCCACCAGUAAAAGAAUUCGCGGACAAGGUGCUGAAAUAUUCCAGUGUUGAACGGAUAUGGGAAGAGGAAACGAGAUUGGAUGAAACGGCAGGAGGACUUACUGAGUUGGGGACGACCAUCGAGGCGCAUUUUGCAGCUCUAGGAGCAUUAUAUCGGAAGUUGAUAUUUAAUGUGCUCGAAUUCCACGGGUCAAAAUCCGUAGAAAGGGACGUGGACAUUCUUCGCGCCGUGAAUGCAAACUCGGACGGAGUUGGAGAGAUAUAUCGUCUAUUGACGCACAUGCGAGAGUUACAGGAGAGCUACGCGGGAAAUCUGUUGGCGUUGGACCCGAUCCUGGUGGAUAAAGAAUCUGAAAUGAAAGGUGCGAAGCCAAACGAAGUUAUGCAGUCUUACAUUGCGAAAGCCAUGUUGCUGGUCCAGCCUGGCAUUCAAGAGACCGUGACGGAUGAGUUUGCUGCAAAAGCCAACAGGAUGAAAGUUGAUGGUUCUGUUAUCCGCAAGCUCAGAACUUAG